AGACAAUGAGCGUAUUAAUAAGACAACUAGUUAAAAAUUGCUGGGUUUGAGAAAUUAGUCCUUGCGUCUUUCGAGCAUAACAAGUGGACGCGGCAAGAAGCCUUGAUAUCCCAGCAUAGCCUCCUUCCCGGAAAUCGCAUCGUUGGACUUCUCCCAGUAAAACCAGUUCGGUGUGAUUGUGGCUUCCUCUGAAGCCUCUCUCCUUCCAGCCUGCCCUGGGCGGCUCCAUCCGUCCAAAUGGGAGCUGAGUUUGCAAGCUACCAGAGGCAGUGGAGCUGGUGCUGCUGAUGUCAGAGCCAGAAGACAGUUGUGAUUGGAUCUAAUUAGACUUUGCGGCAGCAAAUAGACGAGCUCCCUGCGUGAUUGGCUUUAAAGUGGAUGGUGCCAAACAACUCGCAGAGGCGCAAAAGUAGCAGCCCUGCUUUGGGAGCCCAGAGGAGGAGAAAAGAGCUCCGGGGCGCUCAGGACGCGCGGGAGAAUCUUUCCCAGAGCUUUCUGCCUACGGAAGGGCUCAGCUUUCCAGCGCACAAGGGAGGCUUUCAGCAGCUCCAGAACCAGGGGACGCGACAAUUAAAGAGAAGGUGCUUGCUAGCAUUCCCAGUCCUAAAAAGUGAGUCUGCUACUUGAUUUGGAAAGCCAGAAAUACUCACCGCAGCAGCCACCGCAGCAAGAAUAAGAAAGGCGAAAUUGAAUUAGGACCGGCUCCUCUCUAAGUCUCCCAACUGGCAUGGCAUCUGUCCUGGGGAGCAGCGGCAGAGGAUCUGGAGGGCUAAGCAGUCAACUCAAAUGCAAAUCCAAGAGGAGAAGAAGGAGGAGGUCCAAGAGGAAAGACAAAGUAAGCAUAUUGUCAACCUUCCUCGCUCCCUUCAAGUACCUAAGUCCUGGAACCACAAACACGGAGGAUGAAGACAAUCUAAGUACGAGCAGUGCUGAAGUGAAGGAAAACCGAAAUGUGAGCAACCUGGGGACUAGGGCCCUGCCCCCUGGAGACUGGGCCAGAGGCAGCGGGCCCAGCAUUAAAAGGAAAAGGCCACUGGAGGAAGGAAACGCGGGGCAUUUCUGCAAACUCCAGCUGAUCUGGAAGAAGCUCUCCUGGUCUAUGACACCCAAGAAUGCCCUGGUCCAGCUGCAUGAGCUGAAGCCUGGUCUGCAGUACAGGAUGGUGUCACAGACGGGCCCAGUGCACGCCCCAGUCUUCGCAGUGGCUGUGGAAGUGAACGGGCUCACGUUUGAAGGCACGGGACCCACUAAAAAGAAAGCCAAGAUGCGGGCAGCAGAGAUGGCCCUGAAGUCCUUUGUGCAGUUCCCCAAUGCGUUUCAGGCCCACCUGGCCAUGGGCAGUAGUACCAGUUCAUGCACUGACUUCACCUCUGACCAGGCUGACUUCCCAGACACGUUGUUCAAGGAGUUCGAACCAUCUUCAAGAAACGAGGACUUCCCGGGCUGUCGUCCGGUUGACCCGGAGUUUCUGUCUUCCACCUACCGGCGAGGACGGCUGUUCUACCACACACUGGACCUCAUGGGCCAGGCUCUGCCCGACAGGUCCAGGUUGGCCCCCGGGGCUCUGGGCGAGAGGAACCCUGUAGUGGUGCUGAAUGAGUUACGCUCAGGUCUGCGGUAUGUGUGCCUCUCGGAAACAGCCGAGAAGCCCCGAGUCAAGAGUUUUGUCAUGGCUGUGUGCGUGGACGGGAGGACGUUCGAAGGCUCUGGACGCAGCAAGAAGCUGGCCAAGGGCCAGGCAGCACAAGCUGCUUUGCAGGCCCUCUUCGACAUCCGGCUGCCUGGCCACACACCCAGCAGGAGUAAAAGCAACCUCUUGCCACAGGAUUUUGCAGACUCUGUGUCCCAGCUGGUCACACAGAAGUUCCGUGAGCUGACAGUUGGCCUGACAUCUGUGUAUGCCCGCCACAAAACACUGGCAGGAAUCGUCAUGACAAAAGGCUUGGACACCAAACAGGCGCAGGUCAUCGUCCUGUCCUCUGGGACCAAGUGCAUCAGCGGAGAUCACAUCAGUGACCAGGGGCUCGUUGUCAACGACUGCCACGCUGAAAUUGUGGCCAGGCGGGCAUUUCUUCACUUCCUCUACACUCAGCUGGAGCUGCACUUGAGCAAGCAUCGAGAGGACUCCGAGAGAUCAAUAUUCGUUCGUUUAAAGGAAGGAGGCUACAGGCUUCGAGAAAACAUCCUCUUCCAUCUCUAUGUGAGCACGUCCCCCUGCGGAGAUGCCAGACUCAACUCUCCCUAUGAAAUCACCACAGAUUUGAACAGCAGCAAACACAUCGUCAGGAAGUUCCGAGGCCACCUGCGCACCAAGAUUGAGUCUGGGGAAGGGACAGUCCCUGUCCGAGGUCCCAGUGCAGUCCAGACGUGGGAUGGCAUCCUCCUGGGAGAGCAGCUAGUCACCAUGUCCUGCACAGACAAGAUUGCCAGCUGGAACGUGCUGGGACUGCAAGGUGCUCUCCUCUGCCACUUCAUCGAGCCUGUGUACCUCCACAGCGUCAUUGUGGGAAGCCUGCACCACACGGGCCACCUCGCAAGGGUCAUGAGCCACAGGAUGGAGGGCAUCGGCCAGCUGCCUGCCUCAUACCGGCAAAACAAGCCUCUUCUUAGUGGCGUGAGUAACACCGAGGCCCGGCAGCCAGGAAAGUCUCCCCAGUUCAGUGCCAACUGGAUCGUGGGCAGUGCCGACCUGGAGAUCAUUAAUGCCACAACUGGGAAGAGGAGCUGUGGGGGCUCAUCCCGGCUCUGCAAGCACGUGUUUUCUGCUCGGUGGGCACGGCUGCAUGGUAGGCUAAGCACACGGAUCCCCAGUCUUGGAGACACACCGUCUAUGUACUGUGAGGCCAAGCUGGGGGCUCACACCUACCAGUCUGUUAAACAGCAGCUCUUCAAGGCUUUUCAGAAAGCUGGUCUUGGCACCUGGGUGAGAAAACCACCAGAGCAAGAUCAGUUUCUACUAAGUCUCUAAGUUGCUAGACUCCUUUGCUGUUGGAGCAGAGCGAAACGCCUGGAGGAGACGCCAUUGUAUGGUGGUGUGGUGUGUCCAUUGACUCUUAACAUUGUUCUCCUUCAGUGUUCAGGAACACACGUGUUCAUGUCUGGAUCGGAGACUAGAUUUGAGUUUUGUUCAUGCUGCUUCUCCCUGGGUUGUUAGUUCCAAGAACUCUGUCCACAUAGCUUGAGGUAGAAGCACUAUUGCAUUAGCCCCAUCCCUUCCUGGUGUCAAAAGGAAAGAAUCUCUUCAGGCAAGGGGAGCUCAGAAGCAAGAUUGGAAAGUAGUCCUUACGUGCAGCCUCAUGCCCCAUCCUCCGUGCUUCCCUCCCCUUUCAUGGGCCUCUCUAGAGGUGUGAUCGAGUCUCCCCAACACAAGUUUAUAUGGCUUCCAUAUAAGCCACAGGUGAAAAGAAAAGCCAUGGGCUCUUUAACUCCAAAGAACCCAACAGGAAUGAAUGCUGAAUUGUUUUCAUUAUCCAUUCAGGCCUUUCCACCGUCUUUCAAAAGUUCUUGAGAUGGACACUGUUAACGAGCAACUAAAGUCAAUGAAAACCCUGUUUAUGACACAAAGGGAUAGUUAACUAAGACACAGAAGAGUCGUGAUCUAUGAUCUAAGAAAACUGCUUUUCAUCUGCCCAGUUGUAGAAUGUUUCAAACAAACCCAGGCCUAUUCCUUGAUUGCAAAAUUUCCAUUGUUUUCGCACAUAUGACAGCCAUGGAAGUGAGAACUGCAGAAUGGUUAUAACUACGACCCAAUAAUCUCUACAUUAGGUAAUAGUAAUAAAACCGAGUCUUAGAGAAAGUUCUGAAUUUUAAAAUGAAUUGUUAAAAUAAAGAAAGCAUACAUACACAUACACACACACACACACACACACACACACACACACACAUAAAACACUCAACAAAAUCUUUAGGUUUGAGGAGCUACUCUAUCAUUUUAGAUUUCUUAAUCAUCAUCUUGCAUGAAUAAAAUAAUAAUAAUUUUAACAAGAAUAGUUGUGAUUUAUCAUAGCUGCCAAAAUUAAAGAGACAGAAUUAUUCCACUUUUAGAAUGUGCAUCAAAGUUCAUAGCUAAGCAUAGAUCUCUUUAAUAUUUAACCUAUAUCAUCGUCCCUAAGAGGAGAAGAUGCAGACAAAGGGAGGCAUGUUGGUAACAUAUUUUUAGUCAAACCAAGUUCCUUGAAUUAAUUUUUCUACUUGGAGCUCAUUUCCAAUAUUCAUCAAGUUAGUUAACAUGUGUGUAAUCUUUUUUAUUUAAAAAUAUCCCAUCUUAUGGGCUGUAGAGAUGGCUCAGCAGUGAAGAGCAUUUGAUGCUCCUAGAGAAGACUCUGGUUCAAUUCCCAACACUCAUAUAGCAGCUUGCAUCCAUAACUCCAGAUUCAGUGCUUAUGACACCCUCUUCUGGCCUCUGAGGGCUCCAUGCACCCAUGCGAUACACUUAUAUACAUGUGGGCAAACUAUCAUAUAUAUAAAAUAAAAAUAAAUAAAUCCUUUUUAACCCCAUCUGAACUGCAUUA